AUGGAAUCUUCUGGAUUUUUGUGCAUCCUGGUGCUAUUUAUCCUCUUUGCGAACGUCCAGGGAACUAGUCUAAAUAACUGGAAAUGCCCCAGGAUCAGAGAGAAAUGUGAAUUCAAAGAAAGAGACAUGUGUACGAGCAACAGAGAAUGUGAGGACAGCAAGAAGUGUUGUGUUCUCAGCUGUGGAAAAAAAUGUUUAGAUCUUAAAAAAGACAUAUGCAAGAUGCCAAAAGAAUCUGGCCCCUGCAUGGCUUAUUUUCUUCGUUGGUGGUAUAGUAAGGAAAAUAAUACCUGCUCCAGCUUUAUCUAUGGUGGCUGCCAGGGAAACAAUAACAACUUCCAAACCAAAAGCAUCUGCCAGAAUACCUGCAAAAAAACACGCUCCUCUUCCUGAAUGGAUAAGGACACACUGGAACAACUGCCAGGAUUUGGCUCGUGCUCCAAGGCUCUGUCCACACACCUGACUGAUGCACCAGGUCGGCUUCCACUGUUCUACUCUCAGCAUUCCAAGGCCUUAC